CACUCACUUUUAUGUCUUCUUGGGCUAACAAAAAAGAAGAAACAAACCUUCCUUACACCAAUAUUUUCUUCAUUUGCAUCAUACAUUGCUGACAAGUUCCAUUGUCUUUCUUCUGUUUGUUUCAUCAGAAUAGAGAGAACAAACAAGCAAACAAGAAAGAAAGUUUUGAUUUUUGCAUCUGGGGUGAACACUUUCUGUGCUUCCUUAGUCCAACUGGUUUUGUUAGAGUCCAUUUCACAUUGUGGCAUGCAUAACAUUCUUUUGAGUUGGAGAAUCCUACAUUAAUCUCUUUUGAGUUCUGAGAAACUUGAGUUGUUGUAGUGAGUUCUUAGUUCAUCGAAAAAGAAUGGCAGGAGGUGCACCACAACCAAAGCAAGAUGAGCAGCCACAUCCAGUUAAAGAUCAGUUACCACAUGUUUCUUACUGCAUUACAAGUCCUCCUCCAUGGCCUGAGGCAAUCCUACUUGGUUUCCAACAUUAUCUGGUGAUGCUUGGCACAACUGUUCUGAUUCCUAGCUCUCUAGUUCCACAGAUGGGAGGAGGAAAUGAAGAGAAGGCAAGAGUGAUUCAGACUCUACAAUUUGUAGCAGGCAUAAACACAUUCUUCCAAACAUUCUUUGGAACUCGUUUACCUGCAGUUAUUGGUGGAUCCUACACUUUUGUUCCAACAACCAUUUCAAUCAUUUUGGCUGCUAGAUACAGUGACAUUGUCAAUCCUCAAGAGAAAUUUGAGAGGAUAAUGCGUGGAACACAAGGUGCCCUUAUUGUUGCUUCAACCCUUCAAAUCGUUUUCGGCUUCAGUGGCCUUUGGCGCAAUAUAGUCAGGUUCUUAAGUCCUCUCUCUGCUGUUCCAUUGGUUGCUCUCUCAGGCUUUGGACUUUAUGAAUUGGGAUUUCCAGUGCUUGCAAAAUGUGUGGAGAUUGGUUUGCCAGAAAUCUUCAUCCUCGUAAUAUUUUCGCAGUACAUUCCCCAUAUGAUGAAAGGAGACAAACCAAUCUUUGAUCGAUUUGCAGUUAUAUUCUCAAUAGCAAUUGUAUGGAUCUAUGCUCAUCUUCUCACUGUUGGUGGAGCUUAUAAGAAUUCAGCACCUAAGACUCAAAUCACUUGUAGAACAGAUCGUUCUGGAAUCAUAGGUGGUGCUCCUUGGAUCAGAAUCCCAUACCCUUUUCAAUGGGGAGCACCUACAUUUGAUGCUGGAGAAUCUUUUGCUAUGAUGGCUGCUUCCUUUGUUGCUCUUGUUGAGUCUACUGGUGCUUUCAUUGCUGUGUCAAGGUAUGCAAGUGCAACACCAAUGCCCCCUUCAGUUCUCAGCCGUGGCAUCGGUUGGCAGGGAGUGGGAAUUUUGUUAUCUGGAAUCUUUGGAACUGGAAAUGGAUCAUCAGUUUCUGUAGAGAAUGCAGGACUCUUAGCUUUGACACGUGUCGGUAGCCGAAGAGUUGUUCAAAUAUCAGCUGGAUUCAUGAUCUUUUUCUCAAUUCUUGGGAAAUUUGGAGCAGUUUUUGCUUCAAUUCCAGCACCAAUAUUUGCAGCUUUGUACUGCCUUUUCUUUGCAUAUGUGGGCUCUGCAGGUCUGGGUUUCCUUCAGUUCUGCAAUCUGAACAGCUUUAGAACUAAAUUCAUCUUAGGCUUCUCAAUUUUCAUGGGAUUCUCUAUACCACAAUACUUCAAUGAGUACACAGCAUUCAAGGGCUAUGGUCCUGUCCACACUCGCGCAAGAUGGUUCAAUGAUAUGAUGAAUGUGCCAUUCUCAUCUGAAGCAUUUGUUGCUGGUAUAUUGGCAAUGUUGUUGGACGUGACACUGCACAAGAAAGACAAUCAAACUCGCAAAGACAGAGGAAUGCAUUGGUGGGACAGAUUCCGUUCAUUCAAAGGAGAUACAAGGAGUGAAGAAUUUUACUCCCUCCCUUUCAACCUCAACAAGUUUUUCCCAUCUGUCUAAUAUUUCCGACCAUGGUUAAAUUAUGAUGUUUGAUGCACGACAUUUGUAACUUAAAAAGAGUUAAGAAUCAUUAUAAUUUCUUUAUUCUUAGCUUCAGAUUAAUUAGCAAUAUAUGAAUAUGUUCAAUUUAA